AUUCCAUAGAAGAGCACAUUCUAUUACAGAGAACAUUUAAGAAGACAUAACCCAAUGAAAAAGAGAGCAAUUAUUCUUGUUGAACAGUAUGUACUUCAGACAGUUUUGUUUCGGUAAAAACCAAUGUCAACGUCAUUUCAGUACGUGUGACGUUGAGACCCACAAUUAAUGCCCAAGAAGCUUAACCGAGAGUAACUAGCCUUGGUCCUGAAACGGGUAGGGCUCUGCAGAGAGAAAAACUGAAGCGGAGGGAUGCGUACUCUGGAUAGCUCCGCCGCUCCUUCAGUUCAGAAAUGCGCCUCAGUCUCAUAAUGCUGAACUGGAUAACCUAAAGUUUGAUUUUCUACUCACUAACAGUCGACGAUCGACAAGAAAAUGCUGCCAAACAACUCCUUUAAGCAUCUGGGAUUUGAGGACGGAUUUUAUCUUUUGAAUUCAUCUGGAAACGAAACACACAGCGAUUCUCACGGCAGCGCAAUCCUCAUCUCCUUCAUUUACACCGUAGUAUGUUUGGUCGGUCUGUGUGGAAACUCCAUGGUAAUUUACGUGAUUUUCAGGUAUGCAAAAAUGAAGACGGCUACUAACAUUUAUAUUUUGAACUUGGCAAUAGCGGAUGAGUUACUCAUGCUGAGUGUGCCCUUUUUGGUGACUUCUUCGCUUCUUCAUCACUGGCCGUUUGGUUCGCUUUUGUGCCGCCUUGUCCUAAGUGUUGAUGCUAUAAAUAUGUUUACUAGUAUCUAUUGCCUUACUGUGCUCAGCAUAGACCGUUACAUUGCUGUCGUGCAUCCCAUCAAAGCUGCCAGAUACCGAAGACCCACGAUUGCAAAGAUGGUAAACUUGGGGGUAUGGGUCUUCUCUAUUUUAGUCAUUUUGCCCAUUAUAAUAUUUUCCACUACAGCGCCAAAUUCGGACGGCUCUGUUGCCUGUAAUAUGCAGAUGCCGGAGCCGGAGCGCCAGUGGAUGGCCGUGUUUGUGAUCUACGCCUUUCUGAUGGGGUUCCUAUUCCCCGUCAUUGCGAUCUGCAUGUGCUACAUUCUCAUUAUCGUGAAGUUGAGAGUUGUUGCCUUGAAGGCGGGCUGGCAGCAGCGCAAGAAGUCCGAGAGAAAAAUCACACUGAUGGUGAUGAUGGUAGUGACCGUGUUUGUGAUAUGUUGGAUGCCUUUUCACAUCGUUCAGCUCGUUAACGUUUUCGUGGAGCAACACAACGCAACUAUCAGCCAACUUGCUGUCAUUUUAGGAUACGCGAACAGCUGUGCUAAUCCCAUACUUUACGGAUUUCUUUCGGACAAUUUCAAACGUUCGUUUCAAAGGAUUUUGUGCCUCCGCUGGAUGGAGAAUGCGACAGAGGAACCAAUUGAUUACUAUGCCACAGCUCUAAAAAGUCGUGCAUACAGCGUGGAUGAAUUUCAACCGGAUAAUAUGGAGUCGGACAGCACGUAUAGGAAUGGCACUUGCACAUCAAGGACCACAACACUAUAGCACACGUCUUCAAAUUAGCCUAUAUGAUGUUGAGAACAAAUCCAUCAAUGUGACCAUCAAGUGUUUUUAUUUAUUAUUAUUAUUGCUAUUGCAGUAUUCGUUUGUUUCACCCCUGCUGUUGACUGUCUAUAUUGUCGUAAUUAAAUUUUGCUUUCUUCAAAUAUCGUGUUAAUGUGUCAGUGCUACCAAACUAUUAAAUAAAAUUUUUAAAUAAUAGUAGUAGGGUUACAUGAAGGCCAUUCUUCGUGCGAUUAAGUAAAAAAAAAUCUUUUAAAUAACACUUUCGUUUCCAACUAUAGCAAGAAGGUCAGGGUUGUUCAUAUGAACAGCUCAUCAACAUGUAGGCUAGCUUAGCGAAUGGUGUCAUAAAAUCUGGAGCAACUUUCCAGGCAGUGGUGAGCUCAUGCCUCACGACAAAGAUCUCGUUCCUACAUUGGUGUUACAAAUCAACGUACAAUUUCUAUAACAGUAAACAAAAAUCGAAGAAAGUUUAGCACAGCUGUUAACGUUGAAACGGCCGAUUAAUUUUUCUUUCAGAAUACGACAAAGCUGUGAAAAAAACACGUCUCACAUUUUCCUUACGUGCCAUAUAAAGUGACGUCAUUCAUAUCCAUCUGCAAAAUUACUUUGGUUUGAAGUGCCCUGAAAAUGUUGUUUAAUAAGACUCUAAAACUCUGAUCUCCCCUCGAACAACAUAGCGUAAAAAAGAAUGAAAAAACGGAAGUGUCGGAAAAACUCUCGGGUUCAUUUGCUAGGUUAAUUCACUAGAAAUGACUUGUCUAUCUGUCAUUCAUUAUCCAAGACCAGUUCCAAAGUGUAUUCACUGUACCUUUCAGUGCCUGUUAAACUACGCAAUUAUGUUUUUUGGGGUGUAAUCAGAGCGUGUAAAAUCCUUUGGGUUUGCUUUAGUGCGUGCUUCCUGAGUGCGUGUGUGUGAUAGGAAGAGGUGGCGAAGGAGAGUUAACUGCUCAGUUUAAUACGCAGGAAAAUAACACCAUAAUGGUCUCGUGAAUGUGUUACAGAACUGUUCAUCUAAAAAAAUCGCACAGGUGAAAACUGCCUCACUAUAAUGGUAAUAAUACAGACCUGCAUCUCGUUUGCGUUAUUUCUUGUAA